AUGCAGGCUGCACAGCAGUCGUGGGAAUUCGAGAAUGUCGUCCAACUCGUAGAUCCCAGGCGUGACGCCCUCUACCGAUAUGACGCAGCAGCUCACAACGCCCUCUCGGACACCAAGCCGUGGAGCAGCAACCCGCGAUAUUUUAAGAACGUCAAGAUCUCCGCCGUGGCUUUGCUCAAAAUGGUCAUGCAUGCGCGCUCGGGGGGCUCAUUAGAAGUCAUGGGUCUCAUGCAGGGCUAUAUUGCUGCCGAAACAUUCGUUGUCACGGACGCCUUCAGACUACCCGUGGAAGGUACAGAAACCCGAGUGAACGCACAGGGGGACGCAAACGAAUAUAUGGUGGAAUAUCUACAGUCGUGUCGCGAUUCAGGCCGCAUGGAGAAUGCAGUUGGCUGGUAUCAUAGUCACCCGGGAUACGGAUGCUGGUUGUCCGGUAUCGACGUUUCGACUCAGUCCAUGCAACAAAUGAGCGACCCUUUCGUGGCUGUCGUGAUCGAUCCGGAUCGUACCAUCUCUGCUGGCAAAGUUGAGAUUGGUGCCUUUCGCACAUACCCAGAAGGCUAUACGGCUCCAAAGGAGGCCGCCGAAGACGAUGAAUACCAGAGCAUACCGCUGAAUAAGGUUGAGGAUUUCGGAGCGCACGCAUCUCAAUAUUAUUCCCUUGAAGUAUCACAUUUCAAGAGUACACUAGAUACACAGCUACUUUCGCUUUUGUGGAAUAAAUACUGGGUGGCAACACUGAGUCAAAGCCCACUGUUCACCACCAGGGACUACGGGAGCAAACAAAUAAUGGAUCUCAGCCAGAAAGUGAAGAGUGCGGCGCGGGCAAUUGGUGGAGGUGGCGGAGUCGGAGGAGCAGAUGGUAGUGCUACUACUAUUGUUACUGGUGGUGGCGGUGGUGGUGUUGCAAGUAGGAGCAACCCGGUGAAGGAUCAACAGAUAGCCAAAGUUGUCCGAGAUGGACAUCGGAUUGUCGCCGAGGAGGUCAGUGGCCUGGUAGCUGCCGAUAUCAAGAAGGGACUUUUUCAGAAUUUCAGAGAGACUUCAACUAGUACCUAA